AUAUAUUUUUUGCUGGUAUUCCCGGUAGCCGUGGGUACGACUGUAUUGGGCUAUCAGAUACUGUUCGGCCUAUUCAUGGCUUAUACGACAAACUUUGUGUUUCUCAUACCUGUGUCCACAUCCGUAUGCGCUCUCCGGCGGUUAGGUCUGUCCCUAUCGUACGCCAUAAUAAUUAGCGGCCUAUUAGUGAAAGUGUUAAACACGUGGCGACUAAUGGUCAUCAAAAACCAAUCACAACCCCUACGGCUGUCCUCCCCCACGGCACUGGUGUUUAUAUCGGGGGGACUGGUAUUCCUGCAGCUCAUACUCACCACAAUAUGGCUGUUCAGUUACGCCCCACACCCGGGCCUAUACGACGGCCUCUGGAAGUGUUCGCCAAACAAGUCGUUUGUUUUGUGGGACUCAGAGAUAAUUGUCUCACUUUUAUAUGUCAUUCAAUUACUACUCAUUACCUUAUUCUUCGCCGCCCUUACCUUCAAGUGUUACGACCAGAACCGGGAGCCCAGGUUUAUUAUGGCCUGUGCCCUGUGCACCAUUGCCGUCUGGGUCACCUGGCUCAUUGUCGAGUUGCCGACCCCUCCCUGUCCAUAG